AUGACACUCCCAAACCUUUCAUCAACACGACACUCCCAAAUCUUUCAUCAACACGACACUCCCAAACCUUUCAUCAACACGACACUCCCAAACCUUUCAUCAACACGACACUCCCAAACCUUUCUACAACACGACACUCCCAAACCUUUCUACAACACGACACUCCCAAACCUUUCCUCAACACGACACUCCCAAACCUUUCAUCAACACCACACUCCCAAACCUUUCCUCAACAUGACACUCCCAAAUCUUUCAUCAACACGACACUCCCAAACCUUUCUACAACACGACACUCCCAAACCUUUCAUCAACACACAACUCCCAAACUUUUCAUCAACACAACACUCCCAAACCUUUCAACACGACACUCCCAAACCUUUCAUCAACACGACACUCCCAAACCUUUCCUCAACACGACACUCCCAAACCUUUCCUCAACACGACACUCCCAAACCUUUCCUCAACACGACACUCCCAAACCUUUCAUCAACACGACACUCCCAAACCUUUCAUCAACACGACACUCCCAAACCUUUCAUCAACACGACACUCCCAAACCUUUCCUCAACACGACACUCCAAAACCUUUCCUCAACACGACACUCCCAAACCUUUCUACAACAUGACACUCCCAAACCUUUCAUCAAUACGACACUCCCAAACCUUUCCUCAACAUGACAGUCCCAAACCUUUCAUCAACACGACACUCCCAAACCUUUCAUCAACACGACACUCCCAAACCUUUCCAAAACACUACGCUCCCAAACCUUUCAUCAACACGACGCUCCCAAACCUUUCAUCAACACGACACUCCCAAACCUUUCCUCAACACGACACUCCCAAACCUUUCCUCAACACGACACUCCCAAACCUUUCUACAACACGACACUCCCAAACCUUUCAUCAACACGACACUCCCAAACCUUUCCUCAACACGACACUCCCAAACCUUUCAACAACACGACACUCCCAAACCUUUCAUCAACACGACACUCCCAAACCUUUCCUCAACACGACACUCCCAAACCUUUCUACAACACGACACUCCCAAACCUUUCAUCAUUACACUCCCAAACCUUUCCUCGACACGACACUCCCAAACCUUUCAUCAACACGACACUCCCAAACCUUUCAUCAACACGACACUCCCAAAUCUUUCUACAACAUGACACUUCCAAACCUUUCAUCAACACAACACUCCCAAACCCUUCAUCAUCACACUCCCAAACCUUUCCUCAACGCGACACUCCCAAACCUUUCCUCAACACGACACUCCCAAAUCUUUCUACAACACCACACUCCCAAACCUUUCCUCAACACGACACUCCCAAACCUUUCCUCAACACGACACUCCCAAACCUUUCUACAACAUGACACUCCCAAACCUUUCCUCAACACCACACUCCCAAACCUUUCCUCAACACCACACUCCCAAACCUUUCCUCAACACGACACUCCCAAACCUUUCAUCAACACGACACUCCCAAACCUUUCAACACGACACUCCCAAACCUUUCAUCAACACGACACUCCCAAACCUUUCAUCAACACGACACUCCCAAACCUUUCUACAACACGACACUCCCAAACCUUUCCUCAACACAUCACUCCCAAACCUUUCUACAACACAACUCCCAAACCUUUCUACAACACGACACUCCCAAACCUUUCUACAACACGACACUCCCAAAUCUUUCAUCAACACGACACUCCCAAACCUUUCAUCAACAUGACACUCCCAAACCUUUCCUUAACACGACACUCCCAAACCUUUCAUCAACACGACAUUCCCAAACCUUUCAUCAACACGACACUCCCAAUCCUUUCAUCCACACGACACUCCCAAACCUUUCCUCAACACGACACUCCCAAACCUUUCCUCAACACGACACUCCCAAACCUUUCAUCAACACGACACUCCCAAACCUUUCUACAACAUAACACUCCCAAACCUUUCCUCAACAUGACACUCCCAAACCUUUCCACCACACGACACUCCCAAACCUUUCCUCAACACGACACUCCCAAACCUUUCCUCAACACGACACUCCCAAACCUUUCCUAA